AUGCAGAGCCCCUCCAUCGUCACCUCUGCAGUCACCACGGCUGGACUGGAAGACACAGAGGACCAGAGGAAUCCUUCACUUGUGAACAUGGGAGCCAUGAUUGGGGUGGUGGUGGCCACGGCUGUGCUCAUAACCCCCGUCUAUGUGAUGCUGAUCUUCCUCUGGUGGAAGAAAAGAGGGAUUUCUGACAUGGCUUCGGUCCUGCUUCUGCUGCUCCCAGCAGCAUGCCUGCAAACUGGGAACCCAGCAGGAUUCAACAGAGAAAGAUCCUUUGGUGUCAACCAACCAGCACUCCUCUCUGGUGUCCAGGGCGGCUACAUCGAGAUCCCCUUCUCCUUCUACUUCCCCUGGGAGUUGGCACCGGAUCCACAGAUGAGGAUUCUCUGGAGAUGGAUGCACUACCAUGGAGAAUUUAUCUACAACUCCUCCUCGGGUUUCAUCCAUGAGCAUUUCAAGGGCCGGCUCAUCCUGAACUGGACACAGCCUCAGACAUCUGGAGUCCUCAGAAUCCUGGACUUGAAGGAGAAGGAUCAGAACCCAUACUUCUGCCGAGUUCAUCUGAACACGAAACAUGGCAUAGAGCAGUGGCAGUCAAUUGGUUGGACCCAACUCACCAUCAUCCCUAGGAAGCACAUCCCAGCCCCCAGGACCAUGGCUCCAAGUCCCACCCCUGCAACUUCUGCACACACCAAAAAUAUCCUCAUGGCCACAGAAGGUCAGAUGAGCGUAGAAAAUCAGACCCUGCAUCUGGGAAUCAGAUUUGGGGUGGUUUCCUGUCUCGGGCCUACUUUGGCCUAG